AUGGCCGCAUUCCUGCCCUUGCUGGCCUCCCUCUUUGGCUGGAUCUACACGUUCGCCUGGAGCCUCUCCUUUUACCCCCAGCCGCUGCUCAACUGGCAGCGCCGCUCCACGUCCGGCACCACGGCCGACUUUCCCACCCUCAACAUCAUCGGCUUCGCCGCGUAUCUCGCUUCCAACGUCGCCUUGUACUACUCCCCUGUCGUGCGCAGCCAGUACGCCGCCCGCCACAACGGCCUGCUCCCCACCGUCGCCUUCAACGACAUCACCUUUGCGCUGCACGCCCUCGUCCUCAGCAUCAUCACCGCCUCGCAGUACCUCCUCCGCCCGCUCUGGGGCUUCGAGCCCAGCGCCGGCACCCGCCCCAGCCGCUUCGUCAGCGGCAUCAUCGCCGGCUCCGCGCUGGGCCUCGUCGUCACCUGGAUCAUCGUGGGCGCCACGCCGUCUGGGGACCCGGCCGUCGACUGGUGCGAGCUGGACAUUGCCUACGCCGUCGGCUACGUCAAGCUCUUGGUCACGCUGGUCAAGUACACGCCCCAGAUCCUCGCAAACUACCGCAACAAGAGCACCCGCGGCUGGAGCAUCUGGCAAAUCAUCCUCGAUGUCGUCGGGGGCGUCUUGAGCUUGGCCCAGCUCGGCAUCCAUGGCUACCUGCAGCACGACUGGAGCGGCAUUACGGGCAACCCCAUCAAGCUGGCGCUUGGCAACUGCAGCUUGGUGUUUGACACCAUCUUCAUCUUCCAGCACUAUGUCAUUUAUCGAAGCAAGGAGACCAGCGAUGAGGAACAGAGACUUCUUCCAGACGAAGAGAGGAGGCACCAUGACUAG